GGUAGCUACUAAUGGGCAGAAAACCUUGGCAGGCAGGUAUAGGGACAGGCAUAAUGCCUUGUAAGGGUUUAAAAUUUCAGCAAAUGCAGGAUAUCAACUCUCCAGCCUUUCUGUCUUACGAGGUAGGAAUGAUUAUUUUGUGGUUGUGCCAUUCCUGGCCCAAAUAUGGGAUCCGUGAGAGGACUUGCUUUGACAGUCUGUGCAAGGAUGAAAUAAACAGCUUAGUAGCGAUACCUCCUUGGGCUGCCUGUCUAGCUUGGAAUGGUACCCCUCUGGCAAAGCGAUCAAGCAGAGAAGACGGAACUUUGAACAGAGGGAAAUACAGUGUUAAAGUCGUAGAUGCUCUGAAAGGCAGCAUCAAGAAUCUUAGGCUGAGUGUGAUGUUUUGUGGCUCUUAUAUUUCUCCCUGUGUACAGUCACUCUGACACAAGUUAAAUUCUUUGUUGUAGAAAACUCUAAAUAUUUUGAAAUGCCAAGUCUGAAGCACAAAUGAUAUGCUGGAGCAAAAGACUCCUGUGGGAUUUUUUUUAUGAGAUGGAUUUUAUUUGUUUAAUGGGUUUUCAGUAGUUGUUCAGUACGUGCUAUUGUAUUGCUUGCGUGAUGUCUUACAGUGUCACUGGUUUGAUCUGGACUGUGAUGACUGCAUAAAUUGCAUCAUUUGCUAACUGUGGAAAGAUGACUGGAUCCAAGAGUGUUUGUGUGUGCGUGUAUUUUAUAGUGUAAUUGUAAAUUGUAAAUUAAAGAUCUUCGGUUAAUGCCAAAGAUGAGCGGUAUUCAUAGUUCUUGGUGUUCUUGUCUACCCACGGGAGUUCCAAGAGUUGAAGGAGAUCACAGAGGAAGCUGAAGUUGCUUUUGUACUUUGCUUGUGAGCCGGAAGUAAUGAAAUAAGUUAUGUAGUCUUAAGACGUCCUGAAAAUCGAGACUUUUAAGUGAUCUUUGGUCUUCUACCGAGGAACAUGCUUCUGGCAUUCUGGGUUUGUGUAUUAGAAGAAAGAAAACACUAGAAAUCUCUUGGCUCUAAUUUAAAGAGAAAUAACUGUACUUUGCUACUAUAUGUUGGCCAUGUUGGUUUCUAGCAUAUGGUUGUGGUAAUCCCUAGUUUUAUACCAUGUGGUUUUCAGUGACUUAAAUUACUAGGAAGAAAUAGUUUGGCCUGUGCUGAUCAGUGAGAUGGUGUUACAUUUGGCUGGGAGACUUUGUCUAGGAGCUGGAGGAUCAGGCCUGUGGCCUCUUGUGGCUUUGACAGUGACAGCUGUCUCAGGGCUGGCUGGUGGCUAUAGCCUUGGUGUAACAGGAGAAUCUGAGUUUACGCUGAUGGUCCCUUGCUGACCUUUGCCUUCCUCAAUAGAGUUAUAGGGCUGCUAAUUGUAAAACUUAAAUGCAAGCUCAGCACUGAAAGCUUGAAUUUUUCAUGUUAAGCCUAUGGUUUUGCUCAUUGCAAUAAAACUGUCAUUUUGAUUCUGUAUUAUACAGUGAGGGGGUACAGGGAUUUUUCUUCAGAUCUCUGUUCAAAUUGCAGCUAUUCACAAGCAGCAACUCAGAAGAAAGAGGUCAUUGUAUGUAACUGGCUAAUUUCAAAUGUGCCAUCAUCACACUUCUUUUUGUGUGUGUUGGCUGAAGACAGUAAAGAUUACUUAAUAAAUGACUCAUGAUAGCAUUAUUACUCUUAUUUAUAUAACUAAGAUCCUGUAGUGUAAGUCUGUUGGCAUUUACUUUCACGAGAGUUCUGACGUUUGGUGGGGGUUUUGUUUUUGUUUUAAAGCCACUUCACGAUUACUCAUUUUGUUUGUACUUUUUUUUUGUAUGUAUACAGCCAACUGUAUAGGGAUGGAAAUAAAGCUUUAUUACAAUCUAUCUAUCUUAAUUUGACAAAACAAGCAUCAAUGAAUGGGGCCUGCUUCAGCACGUAAGCCUAAGGGCUGAGAGCUCUUAUUCCCAAAUUAAGCAAAAGUGGAAACCUCAUCUAUGCUCUCUGCUUGGAAAGCAUGGCUGCAGCCCAUGAGGUCCUUGUGCUGCUGAAAAUUAUAUGCAGCGCUUCACAUAGCUAGAUAAAGGGUUCUGGUGUGGAUGGGAGUGAGUGAGCACUGUUGCAGGCUUACUAUUGAACCAUGGGGAACAUACUGAUGUGAGGAAGAGUUUCUAGCUGUAAAGUGUGUGUGUGUGUAAGUAGCAGAAUUUUCUACUAGGUUACGUCCUGCAAUGAUAUCUUUGCUAAAUCACUUCAUGAAACAGAGUCACAUUAUAAGGAGUAAUUCCAGCACACUGCUAACACUUUUAAACUCUUUUUGAAUGUCUUAAUUUGUGAGUUCUCCGGUGGUCAAAAUGUCACUAAUAUAGAAGAUAAAAGGAUUUUGUUUCUAGCCCAUGGCAUAGACUUAAAAGGUUCUUCCUUUUACAGUCAGUCAAGCUUGAAACUAUUGCCUCCCUCAAUCAUCCUGAUGUUGUACAGUGUGAAAUCUGGUGCAAUUCAACUGAACUUUUGGGCUGUAAUCUUUUGGAGGCAGGAUACUUGGAUUGCACAAUGUAUAGCCUUGAUACAGAAUAGGAAAUUGAAUCUUUUAUACAGUGUAAGUAUUAACUACUAGCAGAGUGUAGAUGUUUGUCUAAAAGUUACGAUUUUUUGUUUGAUUACCAAGGAACUCUGGCUGAGACCUGGGCUGAGCCCUACAAAAAGGGGGUAGGAGAAGGAGCACAGAGCACACAAUGCCAUUAUUGUGAAAGGUAGUGGCAUCUGAUGCUUGGUAUGAUGAGACAGAGAGGGGACGCCCCUCGUGAGUCAGGAAGAGGGUUGCCAUAAAGGUCUGUUAUAUAAAGAAUGUUUUAACCCAUUAACCGGUAACUCUGACUCUCAUGUCAGAGCAAGCAACACAGCAAGCCAGGAGGCCUGUUUUGGGACAAGGCUUCAACUUUUCACUAAACCUAAAGAAAGAUGCUUGUCUGACUGCUAACUAGCUUUUCCCUUUCUCCACUUCAUACCAAGAAUAGCAGCCAUACCAUGCCUGCUUAUAUGUGGUGAACAAAAUCCAACUUUGGUAUUCCUCUAAAGGCACUGUGGUCCAGAAUCAGUUCACUGUGGACAUGAAUGUGGCUGUGUCUGUGUGCAAAAAAAAACCCUGCAGCUUGCAGAAGAGAUUGAACCUUCCUGCCAGUAUCCCAUUGCAUGUUGUUACCAUGUGACAGAUGGCAGCAGAGGGGCACUCUGACAAAAUGGCGUCUAACGUGGAAGUGCAUAUGAAACAAAGGUGUGUAAUUGAGUUCCUCCGUGUGGGAAAAAUGGCACCCACUGACAUUCCUUGAUGCUUACUGAACAUUUAUGAAGACCAAACAGUGAAUAUGAGUGCAGUGAGGCAGUGAGUGUUGUGUUUCAGCAGUGGUGGUAACAAUGUGAAAGACAAGCCAUGUUCUGGGUGGCUGUGCAUAGCUGUCGCACUACAAAAUGAAGAGCAUCUUGCUCAGCUCAUCGUGUGAAUCAGCAGGUUACAACCAGGGAACUGUGUAUGGAGCUGAAUUUUGACUUCAGUGCGUUGGAAACGAUAGUGGCAACGUUGGAAUAUUACAAAGUUUGCACUAGGUGGGUCCCACGAAUAUUCACACAGAAACAGGAAGAAUACUGUGUGCAAGUUUGACAGGCCCUGUUGAACCAAUGUGAAGUUGAAUGUGACAGUUCCUUGGAUCGCACCAUUACUGGUAUUGAGAUGUGAUGUUGCCACUGCAAGCUGGAGUCAAAAUGGCAAUCUGUGGAGUGGUGAUGUGUGAAUUCCCCACUGAAGAAAAAUUUCAAGACAUAGGUCUCAGUGGGUAAAGUGAUGUGUUCUGUCUUUUGGGAUAGGAAAGGGGUGAUCCUUCUGGAUUUCCUGGAACUUGGAUAAACCAUCAUCUCUGACUGCUACGUCACAAUACUGACCAAGCUGAAGGCUCAAACUUCCAGUGUCAGGCCAGAUAAGAAGACAACCUUUUCUUUACAUCACAAUAAUGCCAGGCUCCAUAUCAAUCUGAAGACCAUAAAGCACAUUGCCUGUCUUGUCUGGACUGUCCUACCACACCCACCACGUGGUCUGGAUUUGUUGCCCUCUGGCUUCUGUCUGAUCAGGCUGAUGAAGGAUAGACUGUGUGGGCAACAUUUUCUCAGCAACAGUGCUGUCAUAGCAACUGUGAAACAAUGGGUCACUUCCGCUGGUGCAGAUUUUUACUAGCAUGGCAUGCAAGCUCUUGUUCAUUGCUGGCAAAGUUGCAUAGUUAACGGUGGUGACUGUGUUGAAAAAUAAUGUCUUGUAGCUGAGAAUUUGUUCUAUCAAAUAAUGUUAUUGUGCUCUUUGCUGUAGUUUCCAUGGAAAUAAGUAGGAAGCAUUGCUUUUAGAGCAACCUAUGUGUAUAUAUACAUGCAUACAUAUGAAAAAAAAAGAUGUAUAUGUUCUUGUUCAAAGACAGGUUGUUGCAGAACUUUGGAAUAAAUGAAAUGGAUGGUUUUGUUCAUGGUUUGGUUUGGCCAUGACAAAUCCUAAGCUCUCAACUGGUGAUUAUGGGAAUGUAGUCGUAUGUAUAUUACUGCAGUACACCUGCAUUCAUAGGCAGCCAUCCGGGUGUGCAGAGGAGAUAGCAGCAACAUAUAAAUAAAGCAACUAGCUGGUCGUCGUGAUGUGCUUCACUAGAUUCAUGUUAAAACAGUGCCAGUCAAACAUAAGAAAUAGAUCUGGUGGUAUCUAAGGCUACAUGAAUGAUGUGAUUGAGGUCACUGUAUGGGCACUUUAUGGCCAUUUGGUGUUUACUUUUUGUUGAGUUACUGAUUUUAGAUGCCAACAGAGCGCUGAAGUAACCCCUGCGUAUCUCCUGAUAAUUGCAGGCUGCCUCCAGGCUAUCUUGUGCUAAGUGAGGUACAAGGCUGUGCCACCCCACCACUUGGGGAGCAUUGGGUAUGAUUGUGUGCCUGUGGCACAGAGCUGCAUCAGGGGAGGGUCAGGCUGGAUGUUCGUAAAAGGUUUUUCACCUCCACCAGGAUGGUUCGGCACUGGGACAGGCUCCACAGGGCAGUGGUUGUGGCACCAGCUGCCAGAGUUCAAGAAGUGUUUGGACAGUGCUCUCAGACAUAAGGUUUGAUGUUUGGAUGGAGUCAGGAGUUGGACUCAAUGGUCCUUGUGGUUGCCUUCCAACUUGGGAUAUCCUAUGAUUAUGGUACACGAUUCUAGAAAUACUGCUGGAAGUGAAGUUAUAGAGCAGUUUUUCUUAGGACAAGUCCCAGGCUGUCACCUUGCACAGGACACGAGACCAACAAGAGGCUGGUGGCACCUCUUGCAUUAUGCCUGGUGGGAGGCACAGUCAGAGCCAGGACUCCAAGAUAAGCAGUAAGGUACUUCCACAAGCACAGGCCUUCUGCCUUUACCCUGCUUUCUGAAAUCUUGGCAUGCUGAUGGAAGGGCUAGAAGAUGAUUUAAAAGACGAGAACCUUUCUUCCAGCUCAGUGUGAUGCUAAUGCUGCAUAGUGAGCUUGCCUUGCUGUGUACUCAAGCUUGCUCAGAGCCUUCUGGGCCCGCUGAGAAAGUUACCUGGUUUGGCUGUGUAUGGUAACAGUGGCAACAACAAAAACCUGACUAAUGUGUUUUCCUCCAGCAAGAGGACUACUUUCCCUUUAUUUCACGAGCAGCUGGGGAGCGGCAGUUGUGCUGCUAUACAGGAUGAGUGACUUGCCAAAACUAGUUCAGGAGUCGAGCACCUGGGGUGAGGGGGAAGCAUUGCCUGCAGAAAAUGAAGAGCCGCAUCAGUGACCUGAUUUGCCCAUUUGGCCAGCCAACCAGCUUACACAUCAGUUGUAGGAGUCAGUCAGUGGGAUGGUGUGUGACUGGAUGGCUGUGAAGGCGGCUGCCGAGGUUAUUUGCACGUGUGGCCAUGGCUGCGUUAAUGGUGGCAAGGUGCUAAGGACAGGAAAAGAAUCAGGAGUUGUGGUGGGGCAUCUUUUCCAGGAGGCAUGUACUUUGUGCUUCCAGUUGUGCUGGGCUGAGCAGGUAGAUGGAUGUUGGGCUGGAGCAGGAGUGAGUUUUACCCACAGAUUAGCUAGAAUCACGUUUCUACUUUCUGUAUUUUCAUUUUGGUUAUUUGGAGUUAAACUGAAGUACGUACUCAAAGUUUUGUUGUCCUUGAUACAGCAGAAGCAACUGAAAAAGGAAUGUUUACCCUUGCAGAAGUUGCAUCGCUCAAUGACAUCCAGCCAACCUAUCGUAUCUUGAAACCAUGGUGGGAUGUAUUUAUGGAUUAUCUAGCGGUCGUGAUGUUAAUGGUUGCCAUUUUUGCUGGAACCAUGCAACUGACCAAAGACCAGGUGGUCUGCUUGCCAGUUUUGCAGUCUACUAUAAACUCAAAAGCACAACCCAGCACAUCAGGGAAGGCUGACUUUACCACUGUUGAAACAACCACUGGUCAAGGAGAAGAAGCAUCAAUGAGAACGGUUACUUUUGGAAGUGCCCCUACUGUAACACCUGAUGUACCUCUGAGCAGAGCUACCUCUCCUCAGUAUCAACCCACUGAAUCAAGUCAAGAGCUGAAGAAGGAGCAGAAGGAUUCUUCAGGCCGUAAAACAAAUUUGGAUUUUCAGCAAUAUGUAUUUAUUAACCAGAUGUGCUAUCAUUUGGCUCUUCCUUGGUAUUCAAAAUAUUUUCCCUAUCUUGUUCUCAUCCAUACCAUUAUUUUAAUAGUCAGUAGCAAUUUUUGGUUCAAGUAUCCCAAAACCUGCUCAAAAAUUGAGCACUUUGUGUCCAUAUUAGGGAAGUGCUUUGAGUCCCCCUGGACUACAAAAGCACUGUCUGAAACAGCAUGUGAGGACUCUGAGGAGAACAAACAGAGGUUAACUGGUGCCCAGUCCCUGCCCAAGUACGUUUCCACUAGCAGUGAUGAAGGAAGCCCAAGUGCCAGCACCCCCAUGAUAACAAAGUCUGGCUUCAAAUUUUCAGCUGACAAGCCAAUGAUUGAAGUUCCCAGUGUCACUAUUUUAGAUAAAAAAGAUGGAGAACAAGCCAAAGCGCUGUUUGAGAAAGUCCGUAAGUUCCGGGCUCACGUGGAGGACAGUGAUCUGAUUUACAAACUCUACGUUGGCCAGACUAUUAUCAAGACUUUCAAGUUCAUAUUUAUUCUGUGCUAUACUGCAAACUUUGUCAACACCAUUAGUUUUGAACACAUCUGCAACCCAAAAGUGGAACACCUGAUUGGCUACACGCAGUUUGAAUGUACGCACAACAUGGCUUACAUGUUGAAGAAGCUGCUUAUCAGCUAUAUUUCUCUCAUCUGUGUCUAUGGUUUUAUCUGUCUCUACACGCUCUUCUGGCUGUUCCGAAUACCCUUAAAAGAAUAUUCCUUUGAAAAGGUCAGAGAAGAGAGUAGUUUCAGUGAUAUUCCCGAUGUCAAAAAUGACUUUGCGUUUCUUUUGCAUAUGGUGGAUCAGUACGACCAGCUUUAUUCUAAAAGGUUUGGUGUCUUCUUGUCAGAGGUAAGUGAGAACAAACUACGUGAAAUUAGUUUAAACCACGAGUGGACUUUUGAAAAGCUGCGGCAACACGUUUCCCGCAAUGCCCAGGAUAAACAAGAGUUGCACCUUUUUAUGCUGUCGGGGGUCCCUGAUGCAGUCUUUGAUCUGACGGAUCUGGAUGUGUUAAAACUGGAGCUGAUUCCUGAAGCGAAAAUCCCAGCAAAGAUCUCACAGAUGACAAAUCUUCAGGAGCUUCAUCUGUGCCACUGCCCUGCAAAGGUCGAGCAGACUGCCUUCAGCUUCCUCCGGGACCACUUGAGAUGCCUUUAUGUAAAAUUCACAGAUGUCGCAGAAAUUCCUGCGUGGGUGUAUUUGCUCAAAAACCUCCGUGAAUUGUACUUAAUAGGCAACUUGAAUUCUGAAAACAAUAAAAUGAUAGGGCUUGAGUCUCUCAGAGAGUUGAGACACCUUAAAAUUCUCCAUGUGAAGAGCAAUUUGACCAAAAUCCCCCCCAAUAUCACAGAUGUGGCACCGCAUCUGACAAAACUGGUCAUUCAUAAUGACGGCACUAAGCUUGUGGUACUGAAUAGCCUUAAGAAGAUGAUGAAUGUUGCGGAGCUGGAACUGCAGAACUGUGAACUGGAGAGAAUUCCCCAUGCCAUCUUCAGCCUCUCUAACUUACAGGAACUGGAUUUAAAAUCAAAUAGCAUACGCACAAUUGAAGAAAUCAUCAGUUUCCAGCACUUAAAAAGAUUGACUUGUUUAAAGCUGUGGCACAAUAAAAUAGUCAACAUUCCUUCCUCCAUUACCCACGUAAAGAACUUAGAGUCUCUUUACCUCUCCAAUAACAAACUCGAAUCCUUACCAGCCGCAGUGUUCAGUUUACAGAAACUUAGAUGUUUAGAUGUAAGCUACAACUCAAUUGCAAUGAUUCCAGUGGAAAUAAGUUUGCUUCAAAAUCUGCAGCAUUUUCACAUCACAGGAAACAAGGUCGACGUUUUGCCAAAACAGUUGUUUAAAUGUGUUAAAUUGAGGACUUUGAGUCUGGGACAAAACUGUAUUACCUCAAUCCCAGAUAAAGUUGGUCAACUGUUGCAGCUGACUCAUCUGGAACUGAAGGGAAACUGCUUAGACCGUCUGCCAGCCACGCUGGGGCAGUGUCAGCUUCUCAGGAAAAGUGGGCUUGUCGUGGAAGAUCACCUCUUUGACACUUUGCCCUUGGAAGUUAAAGAGGUAUUGAACCAAGACACAAGCAUUCCCUUUGCUAAUGGGAUUUAAGCUGAGGUGAAAUGCUCGAGUAGCUAACUUCCAAACAGUAAAUGCUAAAAAGUGUGGCUAUUGUGAGACCAUGCGUUUUUAGAAAGCAGAAUUCCUUGGAAGGCAAGACUACUAGUGGGAUUAUAAGAGAUGUAACUGAGUGUUCAAUGUUUGCAGUGUUUUAAAAAGAUUAUUUCCAAAAUUUUUGAGAGGAUAAAAAGAACCUUAAUAAUCUCAAUUCUUUUUUCCUUAAAUUGUUUGUAACUUGGAUGCUGCCGCUUUUGAAUGUUUACAAAUUUGCUUGCCUGCUUAAAGUAAAUGAUUAAAUUGAUGACCUUUUCUUACUAUGCAAGUUAUUCUUUAAGGUCUGGAUUUACUUUAGUGCAUUGUGGGAGGAAAAACAAAGAUAAGUGUUGUAUAUGGGAUGGUUCUAACAGCACUUGAAACACAUAUUGGUGUGUUGUCAGUGUUUAGCCAUUCUCAGCAAAUGAAGCCACCAUUUUCCUGCACUAAGGUAUGUGAUUUGCAUGGGGCCGAAUGUGUUUGCCCUCAUUCUUCAUUCUCAAGGCCUCAUGGUUUUGGAUGAGAUUUGUCUAUGACCUAGCGUGACUCCUUCAGAGCUGCGAGGACCUGCCCUGUUCCACAGCUCCUCUACCCCGGCUUCCGUAAGGCUUCUUUGUCCCGAGUAGCAGGGGGUGGUAGAAGGGAGAGUAGUGCCACUGGCCUUCCAAGUUGGGGAUAGUUUUGACGUUGGAACUGUUCUGCACGGUAACUUUUGAGAGUCAUUAAACAGCAGGUGACUUUAAUUGCUGGUGUUUUGCUUCUCUUCAGAGUUUCCAUCUGGGAAACUCGAGACGUUUUACAAGAGUCAGUGAUUGUUUUGUUUCACAGCCCUUGCCUAGGAACAGGGUUGUCUGCUCUAUUUUCCAGACUAAUGACAAGAGACUUAGAAUUACCCAAACAUGAUUUAGCUUUAUCACCUAUUGUAGUGUAUUUUCCACACGUAGACUUUAACUGUAGGAUACCCUUACCCCAGCCCCAGUAAUUUGAUAUUUUUAAACAUUUAUGCACUGUUAGAAAACCCUACAUGUGUGCCAGAUAAGUCAUCAAAUAAAGAAAAAAAGCAGACAGCGGUGAGCGUGGGAUUUUUUGUUUGGUUGAUUUUGGUGAUGUUGUUUUUUGUUGGUUUUUGGUUUUUUUCUCUCUCUCUCUUUUUUUUUUUUUUUUUAACUGAGCUUACAUUGCCAGAACCAUUAAAGAAACACAAUCCAUUAAAUCUGCAAAAUCAUCAGUUGUAAAUCCUGGCCAUUUACAUUCCAUGUGUGCAGAAAAGAAGUACUAUGCUGGGAGAUGAUUACAUGAUUACUCAUGGUUUAAACACAAUUCCCUAUUGUAGUGCGGUCAGGACUGAACUAGUCUGACGUUCAAGGGAUCGUUCUUCUCACACACAAAUCCUCAUGCACAGCAAUUUCUACUGCGGCUUCGCCAGAGCUGCCCUGACUUACACCACUGUUAACGAGGGGAUAGUUUAGGCCUGGGGGCACUGAGCAGUCAGAAAUAAUUUAAAUACUGCUCUUAUGAUUCUUGCACAUUUUAUUGUUAAUCAUUUACUAUUAGUCAUGCCGGGAUGACUGUUCUCAGCUGUAGGUAGCAGUCUCCGAGUACAUACCUACGCUAUAUGUUUAUGUGUAACAGAAGACUGGGUAAUGAACGCUGGUUUUCCCACUUCUUUUGGGAUACGGUCUGUUUUCUCCUUGCCGGCUGCUGUUAAACUUGGGAUGUUGACAGUUCUGCAGCACCAAGGCACAGGUUUGGCACAACACUUGCAGUUACUGAUCUCUUCUCCACUGGGAAAUGUUUGUGCUAAUUCUCAGAUUAUUUUUUUUUUUUCCAACUAGGAGUUGUUAAGGCUGCAGUGGAUUUUUUGUUGUGCUUUUAAGAAACUCUUUCUCAUGUUAAUUUUUUGCACAUAGAUCACUUUAAAAUUGCUGGACUAAUAACUCUUAGAAAAACUGUGGAAUAUAAUAUUGGUGUAUGCAUUGUAUUUGCUGUUGACUGUCAUUUCAGUUUCCAAGAAAUUGUGUGUAGGAGGGAGGAAGAGUUGGAAGAUGGCAAAGUAAUUAAAACAUUUAGAACUAUUUUUAUAUUUUUCAUAUUUUUUUUCCCUUAAUUUAAUAGCAGUGUCACACAGAAUGCAGCCACGGGCUGAUCCUGCUUUUCUAAAAAGCUUUUUUGGAUGUUUCUGAUGCUCCUAGCGUCCCUGCCGUUGUUCAAAAAUAAGCCCAUGUUCACUUAAUAUGAGUACGGUAUGAAUAAAUUAGAUCCCUGUAUGACUAGUUAUUAGCCAAUUGUACUCUUUUAGGCAACUUCCUCCAAAUAAGUGUGUUAUAACUUCAGGCUUGUGAUGCUUACUUAGCAUAACCUCCACUCCUGUUUUUAGUAGAACUUUCUCAGCGUGGGGAGGAAUUGCCCAUCCUCCCCAGGUCGCCUCCUUCCCCAGUCCUUCCUCCUCUCUGUGACUGUUUAUAAUGUUCCCGUUUCCUGCCUGUCAACUGACACACUCUUGCUUUAAGGUCUUGGAAGUUCAUCUCUUUUCCAUGUAAGGCAUGUGAAACAUAUUUUGCAUUUCUAUUUGAUUUAAUAAAUAAGAUGUUCAUA